AUGCGUUUAGAUACAAUCUCCUUCUCUUUGCCUUGGUCAGCAUUCAAUCGCUUAACAGUUAGGACGAAGGAAGAUAUGGGAUCGUAUCUGGUUUGAGGUUCUUUAGCUCGUGCUACAGGGAGCACAAACAUGAACAGUCAGUCAAGUCGCUCACAUGCUAUAUUUACAAUAACCAUGGAGCAAAAGAAGAUUUCUCACUGUCUGAAUGGAGCAAAUAAUGAUGAUAUCGGUGAUGACAUACUAUGCACAAAACUCCAUUUAGUUGACCUAGCAGGUUCUGAGCGGGCAAAACGAACAGGUGCAGAUGGCAUGCGCUUGAAAGAAGGCAUUCAUAUCAACAAGGGUUUACUUGCUCUCGGAAAUGUGAUUAGUGCCCUGGGAGAUGAGAAAAAGAGGAAAGAAGGCGGACAUGUUCCCUACCGUGAUAGCAAGUUAACUCGCUUGUUACAGGAUUCACUAGGAGGAAACAGUAAGACUGUGAUGAUUGCUUGUGUUAGUCCAGCUGAGACAAAUGCAGAAGAGACCUUGAAUACUUUAAAAUAUGCUAACCGUGCUCGCAAAAUCCAGUACAAGGCAGUGAUCAAUCGUGAUCCAGUAGCUGCUCAGUUACAAUUGAUGCGCAGCCAGAUUGAGCACUUGCAGACUGAACUUCUAUUUUACCGUGGUGAUGCUAGUGCCCCAUUUGAAGAACUGCAGAUUCUUAAACACAAAGUGUCAUUACUCGAAGCAAGCAACAUGGAGCUGAGGCAGGAGGUUCAGGGACGCCGAAUAACUUGUGAACACCUAACACAGCGUGCUCUUGAAGCUCAGGUUGAAAAAGAUAAACUGGCCAUGAAAAUUGAAGCCUUCCGAAAUGGUAAAUCUUGGGAUGAGAUUGACUCCAAUCCAGUUCAGGUUUGUAAAUCUUUUACUGGCUGGAUGCGUUCAGUUUAUCUUCUUUUUGGAACUAUGCAUUGUUCCCCCCCCCCCCCCUUAUUAUUCCCCUGUAAUGAUGAAUAUUCAUCUGAUUAUGAUACCAAAGCUGGGGAUGUUUCUGAUGUGAUAGCUGUAGAAAAAGAGCAAGAACAUUCUUCUCUUCAAGAAAAACUGGAUCGGGAGCUGAAAGAAUUGGACAAGGCUCUCGAGCAAAAGGAGGCUGAAAUGAAGCGGUUUACAAGUUUUGAUACCUCGGUUCUUAAGCUGUAUGAGAAGAAGGUUCAUGAGUUAGAACAUGAGAAGAAAUCCCUUCAGAGAGAGAUUGAAGAGUUGAGACAAAAUCUUUCAAAUAUCUCAUCUACUUCUGGGGAUGGAGCUCAAAAGUUAAAGGAGGAUUAUCUACACAAUUUGAACCUUCUUGAAGGACAGGUUUCUGAGCUGAAAAAGAAACAGGAUGCUCAAGCCCAAUUGUUGAGACAAAAACAAAAAAGCGAUGAGGCUGCAAGGAGACUACAGGAUGAAAUUCAGAGAAUAAAGACUCAAAAGGUUCAAUUGCAACACAAGAUCAAACAGGAGUCUGAGCAGUUUAGAUUAUGGAAAGCAUCACGAGAAAAAGAAGUUCUUCAGCUUAAGAAAGAGGGAAGGAGGAACGAGUAUGAGAUGCAUAAGCUGUUAGCUUUAAACCAGAGGCAAAAAAUGGUUUUGCAACGAAAGACAGAAGAAGCUAAUAUGGCCACAAAAAAGCUAAAGGAGCUUUUAGAAUCCAGAAAGACUUCUUCACGUGAAACUUCUGGUCAUAAUGCUCACGGUAUUCAGGCUCUGAUGCAGGCAAUCGAACUUGAGCUUGAAGUCACAGUUAAGACUCAUGAAGUAAGAUCUGAGUAUGAGCGGCAAAUUGAAGAGCGUGCUAUGAUGGCCAAGGAAAGAACCAAGCUAAUAGAAGAACAACGUAAUUUAAGUGAUUCCUCGGAAAUAAUGUCUCCUGGUGCAAGAAAUUCAAGGAUUUUUGCACUUGAAAACAUGCUUGCUACUUCUUCUAGCACCAUGGUACGUAUCUAUGGCAUCACAAUUGUCAGAAGCAGAAGAGCGCGAGCGGGGUUUCAAUGGCAGGGGGCAUUGGAAUCAAGUUCGGUCUCUUACAGAUGCCAAAAUUUUGAUGAAUCAUCUGUUCAACUUAGCUUCUUCCUCCAGGUGCCUGUUACGAGAUAAAGAAGUUGCAUACAGAGAGAAGGAUUUGGAAAUAAGAGAUUUGAAGGAAAAAGUUGUAAGCCUCAGUAGUUCGCUCAGGAAGUUGGAGAAUAAGAGAACUCAGCGUUGAAGAAAUCUGAAAAUGGACACAAGUAUGAUUUGCGCAAGCUAGUAAGUGCAGUGGCAUUCCCUUUUGAAAGCUUUUUUAUUUAUUUAUUUUUAUUUUACCUUCAUAAGACCAUGUCUGUAACCUCUCGUACAUGUUAUAAACUACCUAUUUUCAUUAUGAACUGAUUUCAGUU